AUGAGCGGUUCGCAACUGUGUUCGGCUUCUCCUCUGGAGGACGAGGCUCUCCUCCUAAGCGACGACGUUUGCCUGCUUCGGCCGUCCCCGCCUUUCCUGCUGCGCAGUGGAGAGAACUCCCAGGCGGACGAUAGCCAAGCCACGUGUCUCCAGAACUUUUCUCAGUCGCAGUGGACGCCAGACAGCGCACACGGAAGCUACGCGUUUUGGCGUCAAAAUGGACAUCCGCACCGGAGCCGCCUUCUGGACAGCCAGUUCACCGACUCCCCCGGAGAUCGGGUGUACAUACACCCGACGUGGGAUGAGUGGACGAAUGCGAAACGCCGAAAGGAAGAACCCUCACACGAAGCACAAACAAGGAACUGCGGGAAAUAUGCCAUUCCUCCCGAAGGGGAGCGGAGAAACCCUUGCGCUUCCUCCUCGUCUUGCGCUUCAAUGCUGAAGAACCAAGCGUGGCAUUUGGAUUGUCGUCCCUCGUCUUCGCCGCUGUGUCCCCCGAGCCGAGAACGCGACGGGGACGAGGAACCGCAUGUUUCGUCUUCUUUAGCGGCUCGUCAGUCCUCGAGUGCAGCAGGACACACCGUUUUUCCUUCCUGCCAGGCGCAGGCGCCUCCCUCGGAGCAUCGGGCGUCUGUGCUCUCACGACUUGCAGCGGGGCCCCAAGGAGAAGGUUUCCCGCGGCGAGUAGUUCAACGAGGGCGCGAAGAAAAUGAGGGAGGAGACGAGGCAGACCCCGCAGGGGACGGAGACAGCGGCUCGGUAGGCAGUGCCAGGGAGGAGAGGAAACUGGCGGGGCGGCAGAACACUCAGCGGAAAGCGAGACCGAGAGAUUCAGCCACUGGAAUCAUUCUGCAGCAUUUCCGAGGCCUCGGAUUCUCGCAGGCAAUGUACACCGAAGACGAAAUGGACGAGGAAGAGGACGACCAUGAGGGAUGCCGAGAGGACCUAGAGGAGGAGCCAGCAGAGGAGGCGAAGGAACAGAAACCGAACGAAGCAGAAGUCGAGAAUGCACAGGCCGCAGAAGAGGAGAGGGACGCCGACGUGCUUCCCCUCGAUGUUUCCCCGUCACGACGACUUCGGAAGCCUCGCCUCGACCCAGCUUCUCCGUCUGUCUCAUCCUUUGUCAAUGCGUUGCCAUCCAAGUCAGCUGUCCCCUCUCCUUCUCUCCGCCCGUCGUGUUCCAUCACUUCUGCAGCCUCAUCUCCUUCCUCGUCGGCCGCAGCUUCUCGCGCCGCUCCUGCCGCAUGCGGCUCGUCCCGUGCAGAGCCGGAAUCGAGGGAUAGGCUGAGCAGCGCCUUGCAUGCGUCCUGGCAGGCCGACGGGGGAGACGCAGCGUGCGAAAGGGAAGAAGGCGACGACGAGGAUGACAAGAAAACCGAGAAGGCCGAUGAAGAGGGAGAAGAGGCCUCCAUCGGGAAGCCCGCAAGCCCCGAGCGUCCGGCUUUGGCUCCCUUCGAAACUUCCUCUCACUUUUCUGCGGCGGACGCUUUGCACCUGUCUUCCUUUGCGGCGUCUCUCCGUCCAUCCUCUCCCUCGUCUUUCUCUCCCGCUUCGGCCGCGGCUUUACCUGCCUCCGCCUCUCCCUGUUCGUCCUCCUUCCGUCCAGUUUCGCCGUCCUCCGACCCCUGGGGCCACGGCCUCAGGAGUGGGCGGCCGUGGCUGUGCUGCCGGCGCGACUCUGAGGAUUUGGACGAUUUGCUGAACGUGGAUGUCGACACCUGCGAUGGAGAGACCCCUUCGUUUGCUUCGGCGGUCUUCAAGGCUUCUGCCUCCUCCGCUGCAUCUGCCCCGCUGCAGUCGGCCGCGUCUUCUCUUCCUGCGUCCAGCCCCCGAGAACCUCUUCCUCCCUCCCGCCGCCCUUCGCUCUCGAGGGCUUCAGCAUCCUCUACUUCUCGCUCUCUCUGUUCGUCCCUGUCCUCUUCGCUUUCGUCUUCGCCUCUCCUGUGUCUGUCUUAUCCGGAAGAGAAGCCGAGAUUCGCUGGCCCAUACGAUGGCUCCAGCCCCCCGGCGCUCUCGCGAGAACACGGAAACGAAGCUGUGCCUCGCAGAGAAAAGGAACAGAGACUUGCGGCCGAGUCUGUGGUGUCUAGGGACUCGGCGGCGUGGCCUCGUGCUUCGGAGUCCCCCUUCCCUGCGAAUCCCACGUCAACUCCCAUCAAGCGACAAACAUUCACUCAGUCUGCGGCAGCGUCUCUCUCUCCUUCUCAUUGCUCGUCUCCUGUCCCGUCUUCCCCGCCUUUUUCCUCUGCCUCGUCUUCUCUCUCUUCUUCGCUUGCUUCCUCUUCCUCCUUGUCUUCUGCCCCUGCAGCUGCCUCCCCGGUUUGCGCUUUUCCUCGGUUCUCUGCCUCGAGGCCGUCUGGGGCUGGUCCUCCAGCGUUCGUUCCGCGUCACCUGCCGAGCGAUGCGUGGAAAAGCCGAGAUGGGAGACUGCCGGCGACGAAAACAGGAACACAGUUGCUCCAGAGUUCGGGGCUUCAGCUGUGA